AGAGCGCUGCCACCUCCGCCGCCGCCCGGCCCGACUGAGCUGGGCCGCCGGUCGCUGGCAGAGGCGCGGCUGGAGCAUCCCCGCCCCCGGCAGCGGCGCCCCCACUUUGCACCUCCUUGGUCCCAGCGGCGCGCGCGGGAUGCAGCUGGCCCGGGACGCAGGCCUGCCCUUCGGAUGAAAAGAGAAAGGAAGAAUGGACUACAAUCACCAAACGUCCCUCGUCCCCUGUGGACAAGAUAAAUACAUUUCCAAGAAUGAGCUUCUCCUGCAUCUGAAGACCUACAACCUGUACUACGAAGGCCAGAACUUGCAGCUGCGACACAGAGAGGAAGAAGAUGAGUUCAUUGUGGAGGGGCUGCUGAAUAUCUCCUGGGGGCUACGCCGGCCCAUCCGCCUGCAGAUGCAGGACGACAAUGAACGCAUCCGCCCACCUCCGUCCUCUUCCUCCUGGCACUCGGGCUGCAACUUGGGGGCACAAGGCACCAUUAUGAAGCCCCUCACCAUGCCUAACAUUCAGAUCUCAGAGGUGGACGCGUCUCCUGAGAGUGAACAGACCCCAAGCCCCACAGAUUCCAGGGGUCUGAAGCCUGUGCAGGAGGACACCCCACAGUUGAUGCGCACACGCAGUGAUGUUGGGGUACGUCGCCGUGGCAAUGUGAGAACCCCCAGUGACCAGCGGCGAAUCAGACGCCACCGCUUCUCCAUCAAUGGCCAUUUCUACAACCACAAGACCUCGGUGUUCACACCUGCCUAUGGCUCCGUCACCAACGUCCGCAUCAACAGCACCAUGACCACCCCGCAGGUCCUGAAGCUGCUGCUCAACAAGUUUAAGAUAGAGAAUUCAGCGGAGGAGUUUGCUCUGUACGUGGUCCACACCAGUGGUGAGAAACAGAAGCUGAAGACCACUGAUUACCCCCUGAUUGCCCGAAUCCUCCAGGGCCCAUGUGAGCAGGUCUCCAAAGUGUUCCUGAUGGAGAAGGAUCAGGUGGAGGAAGUCACCUAUGAUGUGGCCCAGUACAUAAAGUUUGAGAUGCCUGUCCUUAAAAGCUUCAUUCAGAAGCUCCAAGAGGAAGAAGAUCGUGAAGUAAAGAAGCUGAUGCGCAAAUACACCGUGCUCCGGCUGAUGAUUCGGCAAAGGCUGGAGGAGAUAGCCGAGACCCCAGCAACGAUCUGAACCAUGAGAACAAGAGGAUCCAGACACCCCAGGGGUUGCCGUUGACUUCAGACGAUCCACAGGAAGCUGGGUUCUUUCCUUCCAUGGAAAUGUUGUAAUGCAGACCUUUGCAGCGCCUGACCAGCCAUUAUUUGCUCCCUGAAGCAGGAUGAAGAAGUCAGAGGACAAGUCCCCAUCCCUGGAUCCCUGCUCUCUUCUCUCUCACUCACAAGACUUUUGUUCUAAGGAGGACCCAAAGUGUGUGUGCGCGCUCACAUGCACACACAGGAUACACGUCCAUGGGCCUCCCUGAUAUUUUCACAUGCAAUUAAAUUCCAAGCCACCAGCACAAGUGCCAUGAGGCUGGCAGAUGAGCUGUUGAUGGGCAGGAAAGUCAGGGGCGUUCCUAUCCUAAGGGCUUUCAACUAAAGAAGUGAUUUCUCCCCUCUGGUGCCAGGGGGAAGCCACACAUAUCUGCCUGUCUCUGACAGGGGAAGAGUCCCUCCAGCUCACCAUUUGGGGGGUUUAUAUGUUAGUAGAGAUUCUCCUUGUUUGUCUAGAAGGAUCUAUGGAUGAGAUCCUUGGAAAUUAAUAAAACAACAGCUUCAUACCUUUGGGGCAAGUCUGAUGGAAAGAAAAAGAUAAACCUUCACAUGGGGUAGAUGCAAUGAGUGUCCGUGAGUUUUUACACUGGAAAUUUUGAUUGUUUUAAAUAACGAAGAUGAAUGUGCGAUGCUGUGUGGAUGCCCGGAAAGAAUGGAUUCUUCCUCCGUGCCUCCUCCAUGGCCACCUGUGUCUCUGCUUUCCAAACUGCCAACUCAUCUCUCCGAUGCUUCCUUGUGCUGAAGGAAAGUCUCUUGAAUCAGUGGUCUGUCUGGCGGGCACAUGGCACUGCCUAGUGGGUAUGCCCAGGGCUUGUUUGGAGAUGGUGGCCAGGAAGUUUCCAAGCUCUAUCCUUAAGUCUCAAGAGAAGGGUAGAGGUCACCUGCAAAGAUGACAGGUGCCUUUGCGCCCCACCCAUCUUCACAUCAACGAGUCUUCCUGCACUUGGAGCCGGGGCUGUGUGUGUUCGUGGUCAAGACCUUACUCUGCCCAACCUCUGGAUUCUUGCACGUUCCCUCACCUUGGAUGUGGAGAUGGAACCCCAGAGUGAGGACGUGUCCUGCUGCCCACUGAACGUGGUCUCGGGGAAGCUGCCUGGUGAGGGUGCCUGGAGAGGACAGAGCUUCUCUUUCAGCUUCUCAGCAGCCACUGUGCGGAUCUUUAGAGCCAACCUCCCCGGGGGAAAGAGCAGGGGCAGUGUGUCCCCUGUGACCCCAACGAGGAAGACUGCCAGGCAGCUGGGCACCUGUGUGGCUAAUACUGUUUAUCUGGAGGGAGAGACAGAUGUUUGGAGCCAGGUGUUGGGCUAUGGAGAUCAAGCAAGCAAGAUCUGAAACUUCUAACAGAGGCACCUCUGGAAGCUUACAAGGGAAGGGGCGCGCCCAUCUCUUUUCUACCUCCUCUCCAAGGACCGGUUUGGGGAAGGAGAGCCAUGGCUGGUGCCUCCCACAGAAGGUGGGCCUCUGUGGCAGAGCUGUUGUGGCCCUAGGCACCUUCCCAUCCCCCAUCUGCACUCCAGGCCUUCUCUGUGGCCUAUUUAAAAGGCUCACAGCUGUGGUCUCACUAUGGACUUCCAAAAAGAUGGCAUGCUGCCAGCAGGCGCUUUGCAGGUGGUGGUGGGGAUCUCUUAGCAAGCUUGAGAUCUCUGCAGGGCCAGCACCACCAGACCCCUGGGGCAUGUGGUAGAAACCCAGAGGGGCUUAGGCUCAAUCAUACAUUUCUGCAAAGUGCACAGAAUUGGGGGGGUGGUGGGGAACGGGGAAGGGUUGUGUGUGGCAGUGGGGAGAAGUUUCCUUUGUUACAGAUUCAAAAGAGCAGUUUUGUGAAUGCAAACAGAGAGGUUUGCAUUUGAGAAAGGGAUUUGGAGAAUUUCUCUCCCAGUUAUUUUCUAUCAUGAAUGUUCAAAGCCUUUCGUUGCCCCAAUAAUUCUCCUCUGGGAGCUGGGGGGUGGGGGAGAAUUUCCACAAAGCUAAUUACUAACCACUAAUUCUUAUAGGACAGCUAUUUCUGGUUCAUAAAAGUUCUUUGUAAUUUGUACUAGCACCGUGAUGAUGAUGGUGUUAAAUAUGGAAAUGUUGCAAAAUGCUAAUUUGACAGGACACUUGCCAAGAAGGUGAUACCAAGCGUUUUAAAGAUGGGGUUUUGGAAUAGAAGUGGGGGAAAAGUACAUCCUACACCAUCCACUUCCACUAACACACGUUUCUGUUUUGGCUCAUCCUGUAGAGAUGGUUUCUCAUGUAACCUGAUCAAGAAUUUUGGAAACUUGACCUGGAGUGUAGCUCAACCUAGGACGCAUACUUAGCAUGAAUGAGUCCCUGGGUUCAGCCAGCACUCAAAACAAACAAACAAAAAAGAACCCAAACAAAAACAGAAUUGUAGAAACCUUUGAAAUAGCAGCCUCAGCACAGUGUGGACUGGAUUUUCUCACUGGUAUCACAUGGCCUUGCUGCUUUGAACUGCUCAACCUAUUUGUGUGGGUUUAUGUAAUUGUGUGCAAUGAACCUGAAAUUGUGUGAAGAACAAAAGGCCAAUGUAUAGGGUUUUGUUUUUCCCCCCUAACUUGUGAAAAGCAGUUAAGCUGCAUCUGGCUUUUUUUUUUUUUUUCUUUUGGGCAGAGGCUUAUGUUACAAGGUGAUCAAGUGAAGGAAAACCCUGAAUCUGUCUGACUGGGCCGGUGGAAUUAAGCACAAGGUCACAUUCUCGGUGAUCACUUUAGUGGGAAAAUUAAAUGGGCGGGUGUUAUUUGGGAAGGGGCUGAAAAGCACAAAUGACAGGCCUGUGCGAGUCAGGGAGGCAUGUGCGCCCUGAUCUUUGGGCUGGGUGGAUUUCAACCUUGAAUUGAGGUUAAGGUAAGAGGGUCCCAGGACAUUAGCCACCCAUUCCUGAGACAAGUGUGGAGGCUGGAGGUCACUGUUUCCUUGAAGACAAGCUGGUUCAGAAGCGUCAGAUGCUUCAAAUGGGGAAAUAUUUGCAUCUUCCUCCUUACCAACAGGAAAGCAAUGCUCUUCUCAAAACCUCCCCAUAAAGACAUUUUAUCAGCAUAUCCAUGGCAAAUGAUAACCCUCCAAAAUCUGUUCUCCGUGCAAAAACAUCUUGGUGAGAAUUGUUUCCUAUGGAGUUGGGAGACUAUUGCAGUGUCAGGAGACUAAUGCAACCAAAAAAAGUCAAGAAACUCUUAAUUAAAGAAAAGCUUUCUUAUUUUUUAUACCAGGGAUUGAACUCAGGGGCACUCACCAUUGAGCCAUAUCCCUAGCCCCUUUUGGUAUUUUAUUUAGAUACAAUGUCUCACUGAGUUGCUUAGCAUCUUGCUUUAGCUGAGGCUGGCUUUGAACUCUCAAUCCUCCUGCCUCAGCCUCCUGAGCUGUUGGCUUUACAGGUGUGCACCACUGCACCUAGCUGAAAAGCUCUUUUUUGAAAUGCCAGAAACCAGCCUAAAGCCACAUUUUAUUUCAAAGCUCUGUAACACCUGAGAACUUGAUAUCCCAGAUAAUGUCUCUAAGAUAGACGUUUCUGUGUGGACAAGGGACUUGCAGUGUCUCAAGUGUCCAAACCAUGACAUUGGGAGUAAGAUAGAGAGAUUGCCUGGAGUCUCUCUUCUACAACAGCAUGCCUGCAUUUUUGAGUGUCUUCUUAAAUUGUUUUACACAAAGCCUUGCUCAAGUCAGAUAAGAUAGGAUCUCCUAAAUGUAAACAUAGAAAGGAAUGGGGCACCCCUUCUUUCAGACCUAACCGGAAGUGUUUACUCUGUCACAGGAUGUUAAAGUGCCCCUCUGCCUGUCCCCACCUUUUAACUAAGCACAGAGAAGCACAAGCUGUGAAGAAAAGCCUCAGCUUCCCUUUGGGGUCUUCCUGGCAGAUCACAGACCUGUUUCCGGGCUGAUGGUUUCUGAUGUGUAGUUACUAGUGUUUCUUAAGGGUUCCCCCUCUUGUUUGAGUUCUGUGAAGUAUUCUUUUCCUAACUUGCCUUCCAGUCAUGGUACCUGGCCUGGUUCAAUGUUUGAUUCUGAACCGAUAAAUGGAUGCAUUUAGGCAUCUUAACAUAAUUUGACAGGGCCUCAGUAGGGAGCCGAACAUUUUUUGUAACCUUUUUAAUAUGUUUUAAUGCACCUGAUUUAGCUCUUUUUGAAAUAAAGCACUUUUCAAAGAGAAAUCUGUCUGUGGGUGGUUCCGUGAUUGUCUAUUGGAAGGAGAGUUCUGUGCUAGGAGAGAGUAAUAGUAAGGUCAGAGACAGGAGUGGGAAGGCCCCCCCUGAGAGGUAAGUUCAUUUUCUUCCCCCAGAGUUUAUGGUUUGAACAGGCCCAGAUCUGGCUGUGAUGUUCUUAGUCCAUUUUCUGUUGCUAUAACAAAAUACCUUGCAUGAUGUAACUUAUAAAGAAUAGAGGGUUGUUUAGCUCAUGAUUUUGGAGAACGGGAAGUCUAAGAAUAUAGAGCCAGCAUCUGCUCAGCAUCUGGUGAGGAUCUUCUUGUUGCAUCAUUGCAUGGCAGGGGGCAUCCCAUUGUGGGACAAGGCACGUGGGCCAGAGAGCUCAGUUUGAGAGGUUUUUUAUUUCUGGUGCUGAGGUUUGAACCCAGGGCCUUGUGCCUGCUAAGCAUGUGCUGUGCCUCUGUGCUAUAUUCCCAGUCUGAGAACUCUUGUUAACAAAGCCACUCCCUCAAUAAGCCAUUAACCCAUGAGUGGAUCAAUCCAUUCAUGAGUACAGGGCUCUAAUGACCCACUCACCUUCCAAAGGUUCUACCUCUCAAUACUGCUGCCUUGGGGACCAAGUUUCCAGCACAUGAAUUUGGGGAAUAUGUUCAAAUCAUAGCAUGUUCCAAAUAAAAAGUGUAAUGAGUGUAUCCUUAUGAGGCUCCAGUUGAGGCCCCUGGGGAACCAGCAGUCAUGGAGGAAGGAGCUAGGGACUGCCACAUGGUGAGGCCAAUUUCACUCAGACUCACCGCUGGCUUGUUAGGACCAACUCUGUGAACCUUUUUUCUAAGACUUAUUUUUUCUCAUCUAAAACAGCCAUGCCAUCCUGCAUAGAGGUGGAGACUUGGGUGUGCUUCUGUUGAAGACAGCCCUCUAGUGGUCUCCAAGGGUAAGGCUUUCAGAUUGCAGCCCAAGUUAAUUUUUUGUGUCAACUUGGUCAGGCUAUGGUACCCAGAUAUUUGCUCCAACAGCAAACUAGAUGUUUUACUGUGAGAUUAUUUUUUAAAGAUGAUGUUAACAUUUAAAUCAGACUUUGAGUAGAUUGCCCUGUAGAGUGUGAGUGGGCCUCAUGCAAUCAGUGAAAGAUCUUGAGAUAAAAGACUGAGGACCCCUGCAGUAGAAGGAGUUCUACUUCUGGCCUGCUUCUGGACUUAACUGCAACACGAGUCACAUGAACAAAGUCCUUAAAACAAAUUUCUUUCUCCAUCUACAUAAGUGUGUGUGUGUGUGUGUGUGUGUGUGUGUGUGUGUGACUACAUAUGUACAGACAGACAUCUAUAUCUGCAGUUUCUUCACUUGCUAAACCAACUGUGAAUCAAAAAAUAAUUUUAAAAAAUUCCAGAAGGUUCUUAAAAGCAAAACUUGCAUUUGUAUGCAACCAGCACUAUACUGCAUCCACAUGAAUGGAGAGGUGUGUGGACGCGCGUUCUGUAGCUCCUGCCAUUCACAGAUCCUUAGUCUGUCCCCAGCACUCGUUAGAGCAUCAUUUGUCUAAUACAUUGUUCAUAUAUUAUAUAGUUAGAUCUGUGAUGGCUACAUCUGUACUGGACAUGUACACACAUUCUUUCUUGUCAUAUUUCCCUAAAUAUUAUAGUAUAAUAACUAUUUACAUAUCAUUUACAUUGUAUUAGAUAUUCUAAGGGAUGUUUUAAAGUCUACAGGAGGAUGUAUGUAUGUUACAUGCAAAUACUAUGCUAUUUUACUUAAGGGGCUUGAACCUCCAUUGGAUUUGAUAUCUACAGAGGGUCCUGGACCUAAUCCCCCAUGACUUAACAGUUGUCUUCCUAGGAAACCUGGCCAUGUAGCAUAAAUAAUGACCAUCAUAAUUUGGCCUCUAAGUAAAAAUCAAGACAAGAUUUUUUUAUUUUGUACUUGGGAUUGAACCCAGGGGUGCUUAACCACUGAGUCACAUUCCCUUUUUAUAUUUUAUUUAGAGACAGGGCCUCAAUAAGUUGCUGAAGCUGGUUUUUAACUCUCGAUCCUCCUGCCUCAGCCUACUGAGCCACUGGGAUUACAGGCAUGCGCCACUGUGCCCAGCUACUGUGAAGUUUUAAACACAAUUGAAUAGGUUACUAGAAAGUUUAAAUACAAGCAAACACUAUUAAAAAUUGAAUUUGGGUAAAAUUGAUAGUUUCAUUUUAGAACCAUGCAAAAUAGAAAGUAUAUCUUGCCAUUUUAUGUUUAGCAUAUAGGUACAUAAGUUUAACACGUAAGUAUAUAAAUUAACUUUAUGUAAGGAAUAAAUUACUAGUAUUGAUACUAAGGAAAAACCUCAAGAGACUCUUUAGCUUCACUUGCUCUUAAUGGACUUCAAAAUCACUAACUUUGGAGGUCACACAGCUGGGCAGUACAUUGUGAGUCUCCCACUAGCUUUGCUAUAGAUAGCACCUUUGACGUGUGGGUUAAGAUGAUAACAGUUGCCUGGGUUAUCUUCAGGGACCUGAAGGCCAGUUUUGCUGAAAACACUGACCCCUCCACUUGGGCCUGCAGAUAGAUGGGCAAUGGGUGACUGGAACAGGAGGAAGAGGCUUGGCAUCUCUGUUUUCUGUUGUGUGUCUUCUUUGCUGCCUUAACCUUUGAGUCAGAUGCUGCUCAGCACUGCAUAUGGACAUGAGAAACAUCUGAGAAAUAUUUUUUCCAAAAUAAUAAUCUAGGAUUAACUUGAUCUAGACUCACUUGGUCUCCUCCUGCUUCAAAGCUAAAGACACUAACCUGUUGCCAUGACUGGAAACACCAGACUACCAAAGGAGUGAAAAGAGGAGGCACCCAAAUUCCCAAAAAGAACAUGAAUGUGCUUCUGUCCCCUUUAAUAGCCUAUCUUCCUCAUUAUCCUUAUCCUAUAUCUCUAACUCCUCAACUUUUUUUUUUGGUGGGGGGAGUAUCCAGCCCUAUUUUGUCUAAUGCAAUUUAGAGACAGAGUCUCACUGAGUUGCUUAGCAAUUUGCUUUUGCAGAGGCUGGCUUUGAACUCAUGAUCCUCCUGCCUCAGCCUCCUGAGCCGCUGAGAUUACAGGUGUUCACCACAGCUACUCCUCAACUUCUUGGAGUUGAGAAAUUGAUCUGCAAGCAGAACUCCUACUUCUCCAUUCUUUGGUCACUGAAUAAACUUGUGCUGUCAAUACUCA